AAUGUUUAGAGGAAACUGCUUAGAUUAGCUUGCUAUCUUUUGAGGACCGACUGUAUUUUUAGUUUGGAACUAGUAGCCGCCGCCCGGUAGAUAUUUGCAGCAUAGUUGGCUUGUUUUGUUAAACACUCCAGAUUUGGGAUUAAUACUUAAAAGCCAUUUAAAAGACGAUAAAAAGCCAUAGGUUUGUGUUAAAGAUUGUUAACGGAGCGUCAGUUAAGUGUAGCUAAUUAGCUAACAGUACUUGGGUGUCAGUAUGUCAUACAGGAGAACUUUCAAACUUCUUUGUGGCGUCGCCGGGGGUUCUGCGGCUGUGGUGAUCGCGGCUGUCACUGCUGACUCCCACGGAUUCUUCGGAGAACAACGCGGGGAUGUGGCCAGUCGGUGGUCGAGAUUCACCGUCCUUCAAGCUGCGCAGCCUGCAUGGACACCUGCCAACCACACGCCAACCUCGACUGGACAAGCCUGGGACUUCAACUGGGAUAAGAGAGACCCAUCUGCACUGACCAAUGGGAAGAAAGAGAAGAAAGAGACCGCUACAGAAGACCCCACCUCUGAGCAAGACAAUGGCAAACCCAAAGCUACACGUAACAUCCUCCUUAUCAGACACUCCCAGUACAAUCUGAGCGGCGUUGGCGACAAGGAGAGGGUCCUCACUUCUUUAGGUCGUGAACAGGCGGAGCUGACAGGCCUCCGGUUGGCGGCACUGGGACUGAAGUAUGAUGUUCUGAUCCACUCCAGCAUGACAAGGGCCACAGAGACAGCACAUAUCAUCAGCAAACAUCUCCCAGGAGUGGAGCUAAUGAGCUGUGAUUUGUUGAGAGAAGGUGCUCCUAUUGAGCCCGUUCCACCCGUCACCCACUGGAAACCUGACGCUGUGCAGUACCACGAAGAUGGAGCUCGCAUUGAGGCAGCCUUCCGCCGAUACAUCCACCGGGCUGACCCCAAGCAGAAAGAGGACAGCUAUGAGAUCAUUGUGUGUCAUGCCAAUGUCAUCCGUUAUUUUGUGUGCAGGGCUCUGCAGUUCCCACCGGAGGGCUGGUUACGAAUGGGCCUGAACAACGGCAGCAUCACGUGGCUCACCAUUCGCCCCAGCGGCAGGGUGGCCCUCAGGACUCUGGGUGACUCUGGAUUCAUGCCACCAGACAAAUUAACACGGACCUGAUGUAACACGAACGCACAAUCAAAGCUCAGUGUCUCUCCUUAAGUGUCUUGAAAAUGACUUUUGAUGUUGUUUUGUAAUUUAAUGACCGCCAUGAGAGACUGGCGGUGUUGUGAUUACUUUGGUGCCAUAGGAACGCCAGCAGAAAUUAUAACAGCUGCUUAGCUUCUCCUCCGUUUUGAAUGUAGGAUUUUUACACAACUGAGUGAUUUUUAACCCCCCCCCCGGCUCCU